AUGAGUAAGGGUGUACAAAACAUGAGAUUGAAGGUUGUGACAACAUUCUAUGGACAUCAUGUUAUCAGGACAUUUGCCACAUCUCUUCGCACCAACAUGGUGUCUAUGAGUCAGUUUGAACCUGAAGAACACAUUAACUAUGAGACACUUGCUAAGAACUUGGCAGUUGUUCAAAACAGGCUUAAACAACCUUUGACAUUGUCAGAGAAGAUUCUGUAUGGCCACCUCGACUCACCAGAGACAGAAGAGAUUAAACGAGGUGAGUCCUACUUAAGACUGCGACCAGACAGAGUGGCUAUGCAGGAUGCUACUGCUCAGAACCUUCAGUAUCGUAUGGAGUAGAUGCUGGUGAUGUGAAGAAUGGCUUGGAAGACAACGAAAGUGAAGUCAUAGAAUAGGUGGAGCUGUCUGACUUUGAGCCUGUCGCCGGUGAGACGCCAUCGCUGGUAGCACCCAAAGACGAGCAAAUCAAACGACUACUUGAUUUAUUGUGGUAUUAAACAGUUUAAGAGGAUAUUACAGGUCGUGUAGUGGAAUUUAGUCUAGGUGUACAACUAUGUAGUUGCGGUUGCUGACCUCUGGGCAUCAUUGUGGGUGUUGCCAGGACGUACUUGGAAGUAAUUGACAAAAAUUGCAUCACUGAACACCCGGGAUUCUCUGGCGUCUGCCUAGAUGUGUGGGUUCUGCAGACUGCACACAGCAAGACUAUUGGCUUAUAGUGCAUGAAACUGAUCCUCCUCCAAUUCAUGAGAAACAGUUCAACCAACAAUGCUGACUUCAGCAAUGGAUUUCUGUGCUGCACAGGAGAUAUACAGAUAUACUUCUUGC